AUGCUUGUCUCGAUAUUACUCGCAGCGGCCUUGGGUGCCUCGUCCAUCGUGGCUGCCCCGACGUGGCCGUCGCUCAACUGGGACGCAGCAAAGCCUGAUGGACUCGAGACCGUAUCGGAGUACUUCAACAUGUUGGCACUGAAGGUGGAAGCCGGAAAGCAGCUGUCAUCAGCACCCGUCUGCGACAUGUCGAAAGCCGUCAUGCCCGUCGCACCCAAACCCCUAGCGACACCAACGGCAGGCCUGACCCUCAAGCACGUUGCCAUCGGCCGGGGCACACAGAACUACACCUGCGACCUGAGCAACGCGACCGCCGUGCCGGCCCAGCUGGGCGCCGUCGCCACGCUCUUCAACGCCUCGUGCGUCGCGGCCACGUACCCGGACCUGCUGCACCUGCUGCCCAAGCUAGCACUGCAGUUCAACCUGACGCAGUCCGAGGUGGCCGAGGCCGAGCGCAUGGGCCCGACCAACCUGAUCAUCUCGGGCCGCCACUUCUUCACCAACACGACGACGCCCUUCUUUGACCUCGACGUCAGCGCGCAGUACCAGCUCGGCGCCGCCCCGUGCUCCAAGGACGCCACGGCUGAUGCUCCUGCUGAUGCACCGAAGGGCCAGCAGGGCGAGGGCGCCGUCGCUUGGCUGCGGCUGCUGACGCGCGUGGGCGCCACGGGCGAUCUGCAGGAGGUGUACCGCGUCGAGACGGCGGGCGGGAGCGCGCCGAAGACGUGCGUGGGCAUGCCGGCUUCGUUUGAGGUGCAAUAUGCGGCACAGCGAAUAUUGGUUCUACGAAGGUCAGGUCCAGACAGCGACGCCGACGACAUCAUGAGCCUGACGGUCCAUCGCCCGCGUGUGAACCUCACAGCAUCAACCCAAAUCAACAAGUUGCACAAAGCACAAAGGAUAUACCACGAGCAGACACGGAUGCUAUACGUGUAA